UACACGACAAGAAAAUACUCAGAAUCGCUGACGUGUACAACUGCCUUUAUUCGUUGAUUUACGCAUUAAUAAAAGUAGUUGAGUUGAUUUUCGAACAUCUUUAUUAAAUAAAAUAAAUUUAAUAAAUAAAUGUAAAUUUAUAUUAAAUUCGGAAGGUCUCGAAUAAUUAAUAAACAUUAUAUUUGUCAGUGUGAUACGAUGCAUUAUCCAAUUAUGAAUGAGUUACUCUUAAUUCUUGUCUCUUUCUCCGUUUCACAGCAGGUUAUUUCAUGGAAUUUAAAUGAAACUACAAGAGUUGCAAAACCUUUAAUUCGAGAAUUUUCCAAGCCAUGGACGAGAAAUCUAAUUCAAAACCAAUUCUAUCACUACAAAACUCAUUUUGGAAUAAUUAUUAAAGGAGGGACAAAUUUUAGUUUGUCUACAGAGACACGGAGAAAAAUAGAAAACUUAUUCUUCUACUGUCUUACCGACACAGCCAAUGAUACAUUUAACAUGUUAGAUCUCUCUGGAGAAUCGAAUUUCACUAAAACUUUUGUAGCAAAUUAUGAUUGUGUUCCCAUGAUGUCAGUGUCGAACAAUGUUCUAGUAACGGUAACACUUCAAACAAGAGAAUGGUUACCAUUGCCAAUUUUUUAUUCAAAUGAUGUUACACUCCAUUCUUCAGAAAAGGAUGAAUCUGACUUUUACCAAAAAGUACAAGUUUACGGAUUUGUUGAAAAUUACUAUACACAAAUGUUACUGUCAGUGCAAGACAUUGAUCAGUUAAAGUCAUCAUCUUACAACUUGUACGUUGGGUUACUAAAUCAAAUUGAGGUAAUUGAGUACUACGACUAUUUGACAACUAUCCAUACUUAUGAGAAGAAAGCAAUUCUUUCUUCCCUAAAAUUCAUCGAUAGGACAUCCUUAUUUAUACGCUCAGAACGAUGUGAUGAAAACAAUUUUCUUAAUUCUGUAACAUGCUCGAAAACCAAUUUCAAUCUUCAUUGGAUAGUUACUGAUAACAUAAAAAGAUUUCUACAACCUGAAAGAGGAUCGAGUUGGAUCUUAUUGCAACAAUUUGCCCACUACUACAACAAGAAGGAAACGGAUGUUAGUUUUGGAGAAACGUACAAUUUGUGGAAUGAUAUGUUUGCAAUCCUAUAUCAACAAAGGUUCAGAAAACAAAAUAAUCGCGUUAAUACAGAUUCGCCAUUUGAGUCUAAUUAUAUUGAAGAUACUGAAAACAUUUCUGAUUUCUAUGGUAUGUAUCAUUAUCAAGAAGGAAAACAUAUAACCCAAUGGACUUAUCAAGAAAAAUUAUGCUUAUUCGUAAGUCUCUUUGGAUAUGAUGGAACUGACUCAAAUUUACGGGAGUUUCGAGUCCGACAUACACCAACUAAUGAAAUUUUAAAUUCUGAUUCUCCGACUAACAUAGUACCUACUAUUCUGGAAAUAUUUUUUGAUCUUUACGAUAUAAGUUUAUUACCUUUUUUUAAGAAGGUAUUCAACUUUAAUGUUGACUCACGUCCAUUGGUAACUUACGAUUUGGAAUUACUACUUUUAAGCGGAAAGAAUGUAAUGCCUGCUGUUGAUUUUAAUAUUAAGCCAAUUGACUUAAAAGUAAGAAGUAACGAACGUGAUUUGAGAUUAACAUCCCCUUUAAUGUUGAUGACAGAAAAGGUGGAAGCUAAUUAUGUUUCUGCUAAUUUUACUAUUGAAUCGACAAUGCAUCUCAGAAAUUGUUGUCUGUACUUGAAUAAUAUUUGUCAGACUAUUGUAGAGAAGUCAGUGAUUAUCAAACUACUGUCAGAUGUUUACUCGGUUUAUGUAGCAGAGAAGAAAGGUGAAAAUUUGUACAUUAGUGAAAUAACUUAUCAUACUAUUACAGAAGACACGUUUAUCAACAUUAAAGUCAGAAAUAUUCAAGAGAAGGAUAUAGUUUCGCUGUUUGUUCACUAUUCCUUUGACGCUUUGGAUGUCAAGAAUAACGUGUUCCUUAAUAUGUUUAUCAAUUACAAGAACAUGACGCUUAGAAUAACGGAAUUCUAUAAUAAUGUCUCUACUAAUUCAAGACCCGGUAAUGUGUACUUUUUUGUAAACUUAAAGCGAAAUGGAUCGAUUCUUCUAAAUUACACUUUCACCGAUUAUAUAUACGAUAAGAAUUGUCCAAUUCUACAAGACAUUAAAAUCAACGAUGAAAUUACAAUUUACCACCAAGAUGCAGAUCGUUUAAAAUUAAAUUUGAAAGAUCUAAAAGCGGAGAAUAGUUAUACUUUUCUUGUUACAAAUACCGGAUUGAGAACAAUCAAUCCAGAAUCAAAAGUAUUAAAAUAUGAAUUUGACGUUCAAAAAUCUUUUGGUCCAAAUAGUAGGCAGCUAUUAAAAAUAUUUGUAAACUACAAGAAUAUGACAAUUGAAGUGAAGCAGUUCUUAACUUCCACUGAUUCGAAUUAUGGAAACACAACUUAUUUCACUAUGCGCUUGCUACGAAAUGAUUCGGUUGUUUUUGAACAUUUAUUUUUAGGCAAUCCAGAUCAUUAUGUAGACUGGUUAAAUUUUGCUCAUAAAUUUGAAAUUAAUGAUGUACUCUAUAUUGAUCAUAUAGAACCCAAAAAUCUAAAUUUUAAUUUACAGGAAUAUAACGCUGAAGUGUCCAAUGCUUUCGUCUUUAAGAAUGACGGUUUACAUUCCAUAAAAUUGAAUGAAGUGAAUGAAACUGUACUCAUAUCUACAGCUGUAUUUCAUUGCACAUUUGAUGUGUUAGGAAGUUAUGACGAAUUAUUCUUACAAAUAUUUAUCAAUUACAAUGAUUCGACAAUAAUUUUAAAACAAAUGAACGACACAAUUGAUGAUUAUUUCAAUGAUAUAUUAUUUUUUUCUGUACGGCUUGAGAGAAAUGGUAUUUCAGUUUUCAAUCACAAUUUUAUAGGCGGUGAAAGUACCUUGAACCUCACGAAUGUUGUCCAUAAAUUUAAUACGAAUGAUAAAAUACAUUUCUAUAUUGCAGAACCGGAGCUUUUUAAAAUAAAUUUGAAAGACCGGAAGUAUUGGGCAUGGAAUUACACUUUUGUUUUCGGACAAUCAGGUUUGAUCAACAGUGACAAUGUUGAGACAUUUGUUUCUGCCGAGACUGCCGAUAUUAAAAGAAUUACUAAAUUCCACGAUAAUUACAAAAUUGACUUAAGCUACAAUAAGUUGUAUCAAAUUUAUUUUGCACAUUACUUGCGUUCCAAUAAUUUACUGAAUUAAAUCUAUAAUUAUUGCGACAAGUAUUCAAUAACGUAAUUGUUAAUAAAUAAUUGUACUAUACAAUAAAUUUUGAAUUGUUGUAUUGCUUGUUUGCCUUUCUUUUAUUUUGAAAAGAAAUAAAAAUUUUAACUUCUAUUUAGAAAUAAUAAAAUAUUAUUUAUAAUAAUAAGAAAAUAAUGAAACUAGGACUGCAGAAUUUAAAUGGAAUUUCGUUUAAUUACAAAAAAAUAUUACAAGUUGCUUAGUCGCAUAUUAAUAAUCACUACAAUAAUAAUCUAUUAUUGUCAAUCGGAACUAAUAAAUGUAAGUUAGUUAUAAUAUACACAAGAUGAAUACAUAUAUAUUUCCAUGAUAUUCUUAUGAUUACUUUUUUACAAUGCAUACUUAUUUUAAAAAGAACAAUUUUUCAAAAAAAAAAAUAUUAAUUUAGGUAUGUCAGUUUAAAUCGACUUCUUCAUAAUUAUCUAAUUAUUUUUGUCCUUUUUUCUUCAACUUUAAACAUGAUUGUGCUAUUCAAAUAUUCGCACAAUUUUACAUAUAAGAAUUU